AUGCUGCUGUAUUUAUGUAUGCCAGCCGAUAUCCCGACCGUGGUACACCUGACCUUUGAGUGUGAGGCCCGUGAGCUGCGUCAAUAUCAACAGAAAAAAAUUGAGCUUAAAGAUAAAGAAUUGACUGCCAACCUUCAGUUGAUUGAAACCAAGGAUAAGCAAUUUGCUCUUCAGCUUCAACUAAUUGAAGCCAAGGAUAAGCAAUUGGCUCUUCAGAUUGAAUUACUUAAGUCCAAAGAUAAGCAGGUGAAUGUAAAUCUGGAGUCAAAGGAUAAGCAAUUGGCUCUUCAGCUUCAGUUGACUGAAGCCAAAGAUAAGCAAUUGGCUUCUCAACUUCAGUUAAUUGAAGUCAGGGAUAAGGAAUUGGCUCUUCAGACUGAGCUUAUCAAUAGCUACAAGGCUAAGAAGAAUGAAAUGGAGAAUGAAAAUGAUAAGGAAAUACUAAGACUUAAGACUUUGAUAAAGGAGAAAGAUCUUAGAAUAUCGGAUCUUGAACUUAAAAGUACUGCAAAUGGGGCGAAGAUAAAUGAUCUACAAACGAAGCAAACAGAAUAUAUGAAAAUCUUAGAAGGAUCUAACUGCCUAGGCAAAUCGAUCGCAUCUAUAAUUAAGUUGCCACACAUCGAGCCAUUCCUCGUGCCCUGCGACUUCAAGAUAGCGGGAUCUGGUUGGAUUGUGAUUCAACGUAGGAUGGAUGGGACUGAAGACUUCAACAGAAACUGGGAGGAAUACAAGGCAGGCUUUGGCGACUUGCAACAUGAAUAUUUCAUAGGAUUGGAGAAGAUGCAUUUGCUUACGCAAUCGCAGCCGCAUGAAUUGUAUAUUCAAUUAGAGGACUUCAAUAAUGAAACCCGAUAUGCCCGAUACAGCGAUUUCCUUAUUGGAAGCGAAGAAGAAUCGUAUAAGAUAAUAAAGGUUGGCGAUUUUUCGGGAAAUGCUGGAGAUUCCCUUAUUUACCAUAUAGGCAUGAAAUUUUCAACAAAAGAUCGGGAUAAUGACAGAGCUAAUAAUAGCAGUGCGAUUCUGUAUAAAUCUGGAUGGUGGUUUAAUAAUUGCCGUUCCUGUAACUUAAACGAACUAUAUACAACUGAAGAUGUUGGACUAAGGAGAAGGGGCAUAUCUUGGAAUGAAUGGCACUUAAAUCCGAUUAAGUUCGCACAAAUGAUGAUCCGGGCAAAAGUUUUUUAA